AGCGGCGCCGGGAGCCUGAGGAGGGUUCGGGGGGCCCGGGGGAGGCUCGGGGGGUCCCGGGGCGGUCCCGGCGCCGCCAUGGCGGGGGAGGCGGUGCUGCAGGUGCUGCGGCAGGGCGUGUGGGCCUCGCUGACCGGCGGCUGCUUCCUGGAGCCGCAGCUGGGAGCGUUCGCCAACUGCGUGCGGCUCUACGUGUGGCUGUUCCUGCUCGGGCUGCCGCUCGGGCUCUACUCGGCGCUGCCCCCGUCCCGGGCCGUGCCCGCCCUGUACUGUGCCCUGGUGGCCGCGUUCUUCGGCGCCGUCAAGGCCGUGACGUUCCGGCUGCACGCCCGCCUGGACCGGGAGCGGGAGCGGGACCCCCGCGGGGACCCCGAGGGGGGGGCGGCGGCGCUGCUGCCCCCCCGCAGCCCCCGGCAGAGGGACGGGACCCCCGCCCCCCCCGGGGGGGCUCUGGAGCUCUCGGUGCUGCGGUGGCCGAGCGCGACCCCCCUCAACUCUGCGGCUUCAACCAACUCUCGGAGCUGCUGCCACACCUGGACUCGGCCAGCGGGGCUGGGGAGCUCCAGGGCAUCCUCACGGCCGCUGACCGGGACUGGCUCCGCUCUGGGGGGGGGUCCCAGGGAGGGGGGGUCCCCAAUGAUGGGGCUGGGGGCGAUGCCAGGACCCCCACCCUGAGCCCCCUCCCCCCUCCUGCAGGGCUGGGGGUCCCGCCUGGCAGCC